GGAAGGGGAACAAAAGAGCGACGUAUUAGAUCCCUCAGGGCCAUUAGAUCAAGCAACUCGGGAAAACAUGCCGACAGUUUUGACGGAUACCGAUGAGGCGAGUCGUCUACGGGAGCUUCAGGCGGAUGUUCGCGACCAAGGUGAUCUUGAGAGGGAUAUCUCUCGUCAGGCGGAUAGGUUACUCAUGGAACAAGCCGAUGAACGAGACAACAGACGAUUGGAACGAACCCGUCACGAGAAAGAGAAACUCGAAAAGCAGAUUCUAAAGCUGCACCAACGAGCGGCCCAGCCAGUGGGUACCUCGGCUCGCGUGCGGAUACAAAAUGAGAUAGAGAACCUGGAGUCGCGUAUCUCCUCUCUUGAAAAGGACUUGGAAGAGAUACAGCAACGUAUUGACCAGAGACAACAAGAACAUGGAACCCUGGCAACUGGAACAGCGCGAAUGCCAAACGAAUCUCGCAGGGACUAUCUUAUUCGGACCGGAAAGAUUACGCCUUUCUCUCAAAUGAGUGCUGGCUCGACAGAAGGUCCCUUUGCAAGCCUCAAGGAUGCACUGAUUGAUGCCGAGGACGAAAGAGAUGAAACGGAGGUCCUGGAGCAGUUGAAGGGAAAACCGGCUGUGUCGCACCGUAUCCUUCAACGACCUGGUUUCGGAUUUGAUGAAGUGAGCAAGACGAAGGAACCAGCGGUCGACCACCGCAAAAAACGAAGAAAGCUGGAGCAUGCAGAAGGACCUACCAGGUUACUAGAUCGGGAUACUUCACCAGUCAGCGCCGAGGAUGACGUGCCUUCAGAAAACCAGGAUGAUUCUGCCAGUUACGUGGCGUCAGAGGAAGCCAUAUCUCUGUCUGAGGACGAAGAAGACUUCGUCCCUGAUGAGUCACCAGCGAAGAAGUCUGUUGCUACCCGCCGGAAGGUAGCCAAGGAGGAGGAUGGCACCGAGGAUUUUAGCGGAGUGGAUGAUGGAAACGAGAGACUAUAUCAAUCUCGACUCCAGAAUUGGGUCAGCCGCAGAAGAGAGGCUCGAGAACGCGCUCUCAGGUCAGAUGAACACGUCGUGGACCAUGAUGAUGACCUCAUUGACAACGAUGGGAGUCACAACCGAGAAGAAUGGUUCAUGCCACACCCUUCUGUUCCAGACACAUCAUAUACUAACGGAUACCGUAUUCCUGGCGACAUAUAUCCAUGCCUAUUUGACUACCAGAAAACGGGCGUGCAAUGGCUCUGGGAAUUACACCAGCAAGAGGUGGGCGGGAUAAUUGGCGACGAAAUGGGGCUGGGCAAGACGAUUCAAGUGAUUUCAUUCUUGGCCGGACUCCAUUACAGCAAGAAAUUAACCAAACCUGUUAUUGUCGUAUGCCCUGCUACCGUUAUGAAGCAGUGGGUUAAUGAGUUUCAUCGUUGGUGGCCUCCAUUUCGUGUCUCCAUCCUCCAUACGUCUGGAAGUGGAAUGGUAAACAUCCGAAGUGAAAGUAGUAGGGAAGACGCGCUCACCUCCCGGAUGUGGGAUUCUAGGGGUCCUAGUGGCAAUACCAAGGGCUCCAAGGCUGCAAGAAAGAUAGUCAAGCGGGUUCUGGAGGAAGGACAUGUCCUGGUUACAACUUACUCGGGGCUACAAACAUACGCGUCUCUCCUUAUCCCAGUGGAAUGGGGAUAUGCGAUUCUCGAUGAAGGGCACAAAAUACGGAACCCGAACACCGCAAUCACCAUUUACUGUAAGGAGCUUCGGACGCCACAUCGGAUCAUCCUGUCGGGCACUCCAAUGCAAAAUAACCUCACGGAGCUUUGGUCCUUGUUCGACUUUGUCUUCCCAAUGCGUUUGGGUACACUCGUCAACUUUCGGAACCAGUUUGAAUUCCCCAUCCGCCAAGGCGGCUACGCAAAUGCAUCGAAUUUGCAAGUGCAGAUUGCUGCAAAGUGUGCAGAGACGCUCAAAGAUGCUAUCAGCCCUUAUCUCUUACAGAGGUUUAAGGUGGAUGUGGCGGCCGAUCUCCCGAAGAAGAGCGAGCAGGUGCUCUUUUGCAAAUUAACAAAGCCCCAGAGACUCGCGUACGAAGCGUUCCUUGGUUCCGAGGAAAUGAAGUCGAUUCUCAACGGACGGAGACAGGUUCUGUACGGAGUUGAUAUUCUACGUAAAAUCUGCAACCAUCCUGACCUUCAGAACCACAAGCUCGCAUCUCACCAAUCGGGUUAUGGCAAUCCUGUCAAAUCUGGCAAGAUGCAAGUGGUGAAAGCAUUACUUGAGCUCUGGAAAGAUACGGGGCAUAAGACGCUACUAUUCGCACAGCAUCGGAUAAUGCUGGACAUCCUGGAAAAGUUCGUGAGAUCAUUGACCGGCUUUAAUUACCGCCGGAUGGACGGUGGCACACCGAUUCAGCACCGACAGACCAUGGUGGAUGAAUUCAACUCAGACCCAAAACUACAUGUAUUUCUUCUGACGACCAAGGUAGGAGGGUUGGGAGUUAACCUAACCGGGGCAGACCGGGUUAUCAUCUACGAUCCGGAUUGGAAUCCGUCGACAGACGUGCAAGCACGGGAGCGAGCCUGGCGACUUGGACAGAACCGGGAAGUCACCAUCUACCGAUUGAUGACUGCGGGCACUAUCGAGGAGAAGAUCUACCAUCGCCAGAUCUUCAAACAGUUCCUCACCAAUAAAAUCCUCAAAGACCCCAAACAGCGCCAGACAUUUCAACUUAGUGACCUGCAUGAUCUCUUCUCUCUUGGUGACGAGAAGCAAGGGCCAACGGAGACUAGUAGACUGUUCAAGAACGCGGAGGUGACCUAUGACGAAGAACGCGACCAAGCAGCUGCACAUCCCAACGCUGGCUCCACUCCUGCCAACGCGUUUAAGCACGUAGAUGAAGAGACAGAGAAGAAAGAUGUCAGAAAAGUCGCAGGGGUGGCAUCAGUGGAGGAUUUCCAAGACGACAACAAAGAGCAAAACAGCGCCCAGGGUACGACCGCUGGGACAUCCAAGUCCGAGGCUCGCAUAAUGGAGGGCAUCUUUGCGCGCUCGGGCGUACAUUCAGCCUUGGAACAUGACCGGAUCGUUGAUGGUAAAAGGGCCGUCCGAGCGGACCCCAAAAUCAUCGAAGCGGAAGCCAAAAAAGUUGCUGCUGAAGCGGCCAAGGAACUGCGCAAAGCCGGCGAAGCCGCGCGGUCGGUGCCUGUUGGGAUACCAACAUGGACGGGCCAAUUUGGGGUGUCUGGUAGACCAGAUGAAUCGCCGUUGUCCAUCCGUCCAACGUCGACUUUUGGCGCCAGUCGAAGCGUGGCACGGAGAGCUGGUGCUGGUCCAUCAUCCGCAAGUGUGCUUGCCAACCUUGCGAACCGCAAUGGCAGUGGCAGCAACUACAACAGCCCUGCGGGAGCGACAUCGAGUACUGCUCUACCAAGUGGCAAAGACUUCGCUGCCAUGAUCCGCGAAUUUAUCAUCUCGCACGGCGGCUCAGUCUAUACACAAAUGCUGAUUGAUCAUUUCAACCGGUUCUGCACCACGCCGCGGCGCUCAGCCGAGUUUAAGGAGAUGCUGAAGACCAUAGCGAUACUGGAGAAGGGCGGAAGGAAUGGGAGGGGAAAGUGGUUGUUGAAGCCGGAGUAUGCGACGAGGCGCUAG